AUGGUCAAGCAAGAUGUGUUUUGUGCGACUGAUGUCUUUACCCCUGUUACAAGUCCUACACUGACGGUGUCCAUCAUCGACUACAACGAUAACACACCCACCUUUAGUCCCGUCAUCUAUUCUAAAACUAUCCCGGAAGGAUCCGCCUCCGCGACAUCUAUUGCGGCCCUGACUUGUACCGAUGCUGACAGUGGUACUAACGGAAACUGUGCACUCAGUAUACAGAGUGGGGACGAUGCCUCAGCCAAGUUUACUAUUUCCGGUACCACUCUACAAACAACAGGAACAGCCACCGACUACGAGUCGCUCUCCUCACAAAACUAUAUCUAUAGCCUCGUUGUGAUAGCUACGGACACACCCACUGCAGGGUCAGUUCUAACCGGAACUGCCUAUGUUUAUGUCACAAUAACGGGGACAAAUGACAACACUCCGGUGAUAUCGGGGACCACGCCCUCGUCAAUAUCGGUUGCUGAGAACAGUGCUGUAGGUACUACAGUAGCGACUAUACAGGCGUCAGACGCUGACGAUGGCGACGAUGGAGUGCUCACAUACAGCAUCAUAGAUGACACUUCCUUAUAUGUAAUAAUGGAUGACAAUCCAGCACAGGCAGCACAAUCUCUUUACACCGACCUAACUAACAUUGGUGAAUGGGCAGCAAUCCGGGACAUAAAAUUCAAUCCUAACAAAACCACAUCAGGUGGUAACUCCGAGGCACGGUUCGGUGUGGGGACUACGACCGGAGAGAUAUAUCUUAUACUGGCCCUCGACUAUGAGACGACCACAUCCUACUCUCUUACUGUACAGGCGACUGAUGGCGGUUCACCAUCAGAUAGUGCCACGUCUGUAGUCACAGUGACCGUCACUGGCGUGAACGAUAACACUCCAGCCUGUCCAUCCUCUAGCUACACUUACAGUAUACCGGAGACAAGCUUAUCCGGGACAGCCGUGACCACUCUAGCCUGCACCGAUGCCGAUGGAGACCCUGUGACGUACUCAAUAACGUCCGGUAACUCCGAUAGAUGCUUCUCUGUGACAGCUGCUGGCGCAUUGUCCACCGCUUGUACUUUGAACUAUGACACCGGUAGUCAGUCCUACACUCUCGCCAUCGAUGCCAGUGACGGGAAAACAUCUACAUCCGUAACUGUUUACGUUAGUCUCACCGCCGAAAACGACAACACUCCCGCAUUCACUUCAAAUCCUACCGUCAGUCUCGCAGAGAGUACAAGUGUUGGAACAGCUGUGACUACAUACACUGCAGUAGACGAUGAUGUAUCUCCACACGAUAUAGUCUCAUACGCAAUAACAACAGUGACAAACACAGGUAGUUCGUACUUCGGAAUCGAUAUCACAUCCGGGAGCAUCACUCUAACACAACAGUUAGACUACGAGACAUAUCAGAUUUUUGAAAUAACCAUAACUGCUACUGAUGGAGGCGGUCUAGUGGCAACAGGGACGGUGACAGUUUCAGUAACAGACAUCAAUGAUAACUCUCCUGUGUGCAGUCCUUCCAUCUAUACCCCUACAGUGUCGGAAACCUCUUCAACUGGAGUAACGGUCACAACAUUUGCCUGUACCGAUGGCGACACCUCUGACACGGUGUCCUAUGCAUUCGUCAGUGGUAAUACUGGUAGCGACUUCGCUGUAUCGGCGUCAGGAGAUAUCACACUUGUGAAUGCACUCGAUUAUGACGCUGGGACCCAGUCAUAUACAUUACUAGUUAAAGCAUCUGAUAGUUCAAAUACAGUCACAGCAACUGUAGUUGUCACUGUCGGAAACGAAAACGAGGAUACACCAGCAUUUUCAUCAAACCCUUCUACAACGCUGACGGAGGAUACCGGAACCGGAACUGCUAUCACGACGUACACGGCAACGGACGCUGAUGCGUCACCCGACAACAUCGUCAGCUAUGACAUCACGGCAGUCACUAAUGGCGGAACCUCCUACUUCACUAUCGAUCAGACAUCUGGAAAUAUUCAGCUAGCGCAAACUCUGGAUUAUGAAACUGCUACAGAUUAUGGACUGACAGUAGUGGCAACAGACGGGGGAGGAUUAACGGGGACGGGUACCGUGACUGUUUCAGUAACGGAUGUUAAUGAUAAUACGCCAACAUGCACGCCGUCAUCUCGUGUUUUGACCGUGGCGGAGAAUACAGCUGUGAAUACGGCGGUGAUAUCCGACCUCGCCUGCUCUGAUGGGGAUGCCGGAACCACACUGACGUACGCGAUGACGCAGAAUCCGGAUAAUAAAUUCGGGGUGACCGUUUCCGGAUCUACUGCCUCCCUUGAAGUUAUAGCAUCUCUUGACUAUGAGACGACGACAUUUUAUAACUUACAAGUGACAGUAAAAGAUGGCGGUUCACCGGAACUCACAGCUACAGUAACUAUCGACGUCAACGUAGGAGAUGAGGACGAGGGCUCUCCCGUGUUUACAAACUCUGGUGACUAUGAUUAA